UAUGUUGCUAUACCUGCAAAAGUCACAAAAAUGUUGGUCCAUUUGAUCUGAGAAAAUGCACGGGAAGCCUUCAGUUUAUUUAUUCAUAUCUUAACACAAAUAUGGGAUGCCUACUAUUUGUAAGAAUCGAUUGAAGAAAUAAAAUUCUUAACCGUACAGAGUAUUUCGGCAUAAGAACUGAAGAAAUGGUUAGCUAGUCUGUUAAGUUUCGAAGGUUAUAAUAACCUUCUGCUACAUUUGGACAAAUCCGUGAAGAUGGCAGAGUAUACUGAAUACGCAUUCGGGAUGCGAAUGGAUGCUAACUUUCCCAGUCUGAGUGCAGGUGUUACUCUCCCUAAAAAGGAAGUUUUAACAUCUGAUCAAUCCCUGAAGGCUAUUCGCACUCUAAUAGCGUCAAAACCAGAUGUCGAAUUUGCAAGAACUGACGAUGACUUUUUGUUAAGAUUUCUUCAUGCUCGUAAGAUGAAUAUCCAGGAGAGUUUUCAGCUGCUAGUUAAUUACUAUUCAUAUCGUCAUCGUAACCGACAUCUUUUCAUUCAUCUGAAUGCUCAAGAUGAAUCCAUUCAACAAGCUUUAAAGGAUGGAUUUCCUGGUGUCCUUCAACAGCGAGACAGGAAGGGACGAUGUGUGUUGGUAAUAUUUACUGCACAUUGGGAUCAUUGUAACUACUCAUUGAUUGCUGUGUACCGAGCUCUAUUACUUACACUUGAGAAGCUUGUGGAAGAGAAACAAAAUCAGCUGAAUGGAUUUGUUGUUGUCGUGGACUGGACAGAUUUUUCUUUUCGUCAAUCUUCCAAUCUGAAUCCGAAAGUUCUAAAACUCAUGAUUGAGGGGCUUCAAGAUUGCUUUCCAGCCCGCUUUAAAGGAAUCCACUUUAUUAAUCAGCCAUGGUAUGUGGAGGCACUUCUGACUAUGAUUCGCCCUUUUCUGAAAGAAAAAACUAAAGAAAAGAUUUACAUGCAUGGAAAUAACAUGAGUACUCUUCAUGAGUAUGUUAGUAAGGAUAUCUUGCCAGCUGAACUUGGAGGAGAGGGACCUUCUUUUAAUCCCACAGUAUGGUCUGAUAAACUUUUAGAGGAAAGUUUGAAAACAUCAGAGGACCCUCAAAAUGACACAACCUUAAAUGAAUCUAGAAGUGAGUCUCCCAGCAGUAGCUCAGACUCAGAUGAGUCUGCAAAAAAAACUACCAAUGUCCAUGUGAGGAAGUCUGAAACUGUUCCAGAUACGUUGAGUGGUAAUCAGUUUUUUAAAAAACCUCUGGCCCGGAAGGUCAGUCACACCAUCACUCCAAUUUCUUCCUCCACCGAUAAAUCUUAAUAAUGCAUGUUACUAUACAUUGUUAAUGACAAUUACAUAAUCACAGGGACAGUUUGGAUAGAAAUUUUAUGUUUGUGAUGUACAUUCCCAUGUUGGACCAAUGUAGGUUGUUUGUACCCACAGCCAAAUGUUUACUAACUUGUCACAUGAGUGCCAAUCCCUUAAUUUAAAAAAGAAGCAGUGUUUUGCAUCUGACUGUUCAUCAGUGUGAUGGUGUUUAUCCAGUCUUCCACUUUCGGAAUUUUUGUGGUAUGUGUAACCUGUAAUAUAUUACAAUGCUUUUAUCUAUCGCUAUGCGUUAUUUUGCACUAUGUUUAUUUGAUGUGCAGAAUAAUGUUGACAGGUUGUGAGAUAAUUUAAUCUUUGCUUACUGAAUGUUUCUUCUGUAUUAUGGUGAGGUAAUGUAGAUCUGAGAGAAUAGUGCAAGCAAUUGUGACGAUAUUUGCCAUUGCUCUAUUUUUCAUAAUAUUUUUAAACGCUUGUCUAUUGACCUUUUGUUAAAAGUUAGAGGAUGAUUCUGCGGGCACCGUAUUAUUUUUUUUGGUUGGGUAGCAAUUUUAUAUGUAUUAUUAUACCCGUGAUAACAGUAAUUGCAAUGAGUAAUUGUUGAUCAUAUAGAUCUGAAAACUUGCACCCUUGUACUGUACUUGUAUGGUACUGUCAAAGGAUAUGUGAUGUGGUAUCUUUUUAUUCUUACAGGUAUUUUUCUUUUAAGCUGAAUAUCUCUAUUUUUGUUUUUUUUUGCACACUCUCUUCUUUAGGUAAUCUCAAAUAUUACAUUUUUUUUACUGUACCUAUAAUUUUUGAUUGUGAUGUAUUUUAAACCAUUUUAUGGUAAUGUGAAAUUAUUUGUGACGCCUAGUUUAUUGUCCAUAUUUACAGUAUUACCAUUUUCUAUCAAAUUGACACUUUGUCUUUAAAUAUUUUUGUUGUUUUAACUGUAAGUGUUGCAUUUGUUUCACUUUUAUCUCUUUUAAUGUUGUAGUUGUUUAUUGAUAUGAGGUUGUGUUACCUUAUUUUUGGUUUUGGUGCUUUUUUCUUUUUUGUUGAUUUGUUGUUAUAAAACAAAUUCUAUUUCCUUUCGACGGCUCCUUGCAACAACAUCCUAUCUGCAAAUUGUGUCAUCAUUCCCCCUCCCUUCCGCUCACUUAUCAACGACAGGUGAGAGGAGGUGAAGGGUUAUGACGACACAAUUUGCAGAAAGGAUGUUGUUGCACAGAGCCGUGGUUUUGUUUGUUUGUUUUCCUUUUUCUUCUUUAGUGGCUUGUCUCUUGUUAAGUUUUUUUGCCAGUCUUUGUUGAGAAAAUUCUAAUGAAAUUGAAAAUUUCAAAAACACCGCAAUUCAAUAACUCUGUUGUUCAUAUGAUUUUCUAUUUGAGGUAUUCCAAUUGUACUGUGUUAUGCCUGCCUGUGUAAUGAUGUAGAAACCUUGUUUUGAUGGGCCUGAAGAUUCAUUUAGUUCCUAUAGUUCUGGUAUACCCCCUAAAAUUAAGUAACUCCAUUUUAUGUCAAAUUCUGUCAAUCUCAUUUUUCUUGUCAUGUGUUGUAUGUACUUAAGAUGUGCAGUUUAUUAUUUUUUUAGACUUACAUAUUUAGGUCACUGCCUAUGGCGUGGUUUUGCCCUACUAUGACUCUUGAUUUUAAAUUAUUUACCCAUUUAUUUAUCGACUUGUAUGUAUUAUCUUGUUGGUAUGUUAGCCUCAUCUUUAAGUGGAUAAUGCAGAGGUGGUGUCUAAAUCUCCUAGUUGGAUCCUUAAGAGGCUCUAGAAGCUUUUUUCAGUGGUGCAGGGCACAGCGUGCUUACGGGUGGACACUAGGGUAUCUCUGACUGUCGAAACCUGAUCAUCUCUGUUUCUGGGUAAUUUGUAUACCCAUGUGAAUAAAUAUAUGUAUAUUAUAAUUCCAGACUGCUUUUAUAGUAGGAGCUAUAUGUUACCAGUAUUGUGUGGCGUUGGCCUAUUUGUUAAUCCAAUGCAGUGUGACGUUUAGUUUUUGCAUGUACCUGAAUUUGAUUUGGUAGCAAAUUUUCGCUGGCCUGGAUUAUCUGACCUAUAGUACCCAGCAGGGUGUGUGUUGUUACACAACAAUUGGAGCCUUCCUCCGUUUUAAAAGUACUUUCCAAGAAUGGUUUUAUUUUUUCUGCCCAUCACUUUUUGGAAAAAUAUUCUAUUCAUAGUCUACAGGCUUUCAGACCAAAAUUUAAAUUGCUCUUCUCUUUUUCCCAUGGCUUUGAAUAAGGGAAUUAUUUGAUUAAAGCUGGGAAUUUUCAGUCUAAAAAUGAGUUUCUCAAAAACUGAGAAACAGACCAAAAGAUUAAAAAAAAAAAAAAAAAAAUGCGCUUAGGACUGGUGACAGAGAAAACAUUUACAAUGUACAUUUCAGUUGUUUCAUGACACACCCGGGUGCUGGUCUUCUUGAAAUAAAAUCACAUCAACCACAUCAA